AUGGUACAAUUUUUAAUCCGGAUUCUGUCCAACAUUUUCUCAUAUUUGGACACAAACCGGUUCAAAACUGUCCGGAAAGUGUCUUCUAUUUGGAACACCAUCGGCGCUACCGAACUGGGAAUGAGAAAAAUUUUCUCAAUGCGCCUCUUCUCCAAGAGUUCGACCACAGCUGAUGAAAUUCAAAACGUUAACCCCGCCCUACUGAAAUACAUCUGUUUAAAGUUUGCUUACCGUAAUGAAGAAAUUAAUUUUCAACGGGUCGUAUCAAUUCUGGGGCGACAAAUUAGGGAAAUUCAUCACUGCAUGGAUUCCCCAGUUUGGGCAUCCUUCCUUGAAAUCUUGUCGGUUAAUGGACUCCCGAAUUUGGUUAAGAUGUCAAUUUCAAUAUAUUCCGACAAAGGUGUUCCCGAUUUUGGAGUCGUUUGCUUAAGAAAUCUUAAAGUGCUGGAAGUUAGUGGAAACAGUUUCAAAAAUGUGAAGAACAAUUUGCAAACCAUAAUCGAUUCGGCGGCAAGCUUAAAAAUUUUGAAAAUAAGGGGAAUGCUCUUCCCGGAUUUGGCGAGAUGUACAGAGACGUUAAAAACUUUGGACUGGUUUGCCGUACACGGCGAUGAACAUAACUUUAACGGACCCGAAGGAUUCGACCAGCUCGUCCCCCUAUUAACCCAGGUUUCUCCCACAUUGGAGAACCUAACGCUCGGAUUUGCCGAGUCAUCCAACUUUGGGUUCAACGUCGAACAUCGCGUCACACGAUUUCCGAGGUUCCCGAAACUGAAAACUUUCAAGAAUCUGGCAUGUGAUAUUUUUCACGUUGGGGAAUUUGUACCUGCUAACUUUCCCAAUUUAGUAAGCCUUUCUCUGGAACUGUUCGACGUACAGAGCCAACACCUUAGUUUUGAUGUGCUCCGGGACGAUCCUGUCAUACCACGGGUUCUACAUGAAGGCGUUACACACCUCCAUCUUGGGAAUACCAGAGAUUUCAUCAACAUUUCUCAACCUCUCACAAACCCAUUUCCUAACGUGGCCCAUCUAACAUUCAAGAACCCGAGGGCAACAAAUUACGAUGCGACUGCCAAACUUGCCAACAUGAUUGAGAGUUUAGCCACAUGGAAGUUAUUGACCCGCUUGGACAUCUUGAUUAAAAAUCAAAAGCUUGAAUUAAGUCAAAUUUUGAAAGCAUUAGAAUCCUUAGAUCUAACUGGUCUCUCCGAGCUGAGGAUUAUUGGCCUGGACGGUAACUGGUCGAAAACCGUAUUUGACGAUCUUUCCAGUGAUGCUGAAGAACUGAUAGAUUUCAUUGCGAAGUGCGAGCCCCUUAAGCGACUAAUAUUUCAGGGAAUUUGGUGGAAAGCUGCAUCAGUGGUACAAGUGAUGGAAUUCUUAGCAUGGAAGAAGCCCUCAAAUCCGGUCGUAAUCUUGGCGUAGAAAUCAAAUUUAUUUACGACGUCCUAAAUUUCGGUGUUCUCCGAUUUAUUCAAAGUUCGAAAUUCUACAGAUGUUCACCUGAGUUUUCUGAACAUACAAAAUAUGCCAUUCCAUUUUUUCUGCUUAUGCAAUUUUAGGAAAUUAUAUAAUCUAUGAAAUUAACUUGUUCUCACGUUUGACGCAGGUGAAAUCCAAUCUCACUUACUGCCUCAUCUCAUCUAACUAUAUCCCAUAAAUUUGCCAAAACUCAUUUUGUACUAUUUACGUAUAGAUUAAGGAGUGAAAAACUGCAUAUUUUUUCACUUUCAAAAUACUAACUUGUUAGCGGAUUUUAAUCUAUCGUCUGGCACAUAAAUUAUUUCACUAAUAAUAUAUUGAAUUAACAAGAAUGAAUUUAAAUUAAUAUCUCAAAGUUAGUUAAAGCCUUGGGAAAAUCCUUCACAACUUUAUAACAUACAGAUAUUUGCCUUCCGCCAAUCAACUCAUGAAAAUGGUGAAUGACCUCUAUAGAAUUUUAUUAACUUUUAAAGUUUUUUGAAGGGUAGUAUUUACAAGAGUACAAUUCGCAACCCUUUUCAACCCGACCAUUUCUCAGAAACUAAAAUAACAUUUAACACUUAACCUGAAGAAUGUGGCCCAUAUCCGGGAAUAAUCAGGAUAUUUCCACGAAAGAAUGAUUCAUUUUAUUCAAUGACGGAGAUAUUCAAUUAUCCAGAAUGAAUGAAUAACGCUUGUUUAACCGUCCACUCUGUGAGUUUUGAAUAACCAAAUUUUGUAUUCAUAACAAAUACCUGGUAGUAUCUUGUCCUUGAUUAUUUCUAGUUUGGCAAAAUCUAAAUUUCAAGUUUAGCAUAA